UAGUGAGGCGAGGAGAAGAAGAAUAAGUAACAAUACCAGUGGCCGUGGUCGUUGUCGUGGUCGUGGUCGCGCGGACGACGAUGCGUUUGCGCGCGAGUGUCUGAAUUUGAUCUGCGUGGUGGAUGAAGGGGGGGGGGAGGAGAGUCGCAGAGUCGCUCGAGUCCUCCGUCAAACACAGACCGAAGAGCGGAGAAUAGUUGCGGGCGCUCGCACGGACUAACGCAAAUCAAUUUGUUGAUUUAGCAGUGACGUUGGGCCGCGGUGGGGAGAACUCGUGAAGGACACAGACGGGUAGAGCGAUCGGGAGAACGAGAGCGGCUCAUUAUGUAAUAUUGAAAGACAGGGAGCCCCGAGCAUGGCCGUGGACAGCGGCAGCGCAACGCCACAGCCCUAGGAUAAACAUGAGCAAAAGUGAGGUUAGUGGCGGCGGUGCUGCUAACCCUCGGCUGAACGGCCGCGUCGCCGCGUCGCCGAGCGACACGAUGAACGAGCGCCCGAACGCUCUCAUCAGAUUAAUUAUAGCGCUCACAACAUUUUUGAAAUGCCUAUUACGAACUGGAUUCGUUAUUGUAAACAAUAUGUACUGUAUACCAACAUAUAUUACUUGGAUGUUGCUGCUAUUUCCCAUAAAAAUUUAUGAUCCACAAGUAUAUUGGCGCAUCGAGGGCCUUUUCUUUCAUUGGCUCUUAGCAAUGGUGUCUAUGUGGACUUGGUCUGCUGGAUAUAAUGUGAUCGAACAAGGUGAUGACAUUAAUAGAAUCAUAAGUGAUCGAACUUUGGUAAUUGCAAAUCAUCAAAGUACUGGUGAUGUUCCUAUCUUGAUGACAACUUUUAAUACUAAGCCUAAUGUGUUGCCCAAUCUCAUGUGGAUUAUGGACAGGAUAUUCAAGUUCACGAAUUUCGGAAUGGUUUCAAUAUUACAUCAUGAUUUUUUCAUUGUAUCAGGUCGUAAAAGAAGAGAAGAAAGCUUGCGACAAUUGGAAAAACACCUAAAACAGUCAUACGUACCUUUGGAUAGAAAAUGGAUGGUACUGUUUCCAGAGGGCGGAUUUCUUUGUAAAAGACUCGAAACUUCACAAAAAUAUGCUAAGAAGAAUAAUCUACCUAUUUUAGAAAAUGUAACUUUACCAAGAGUUGGAGCUCUGCAAACUAUAUUUGAUGUUGUUGGUCCCAUACAGAAUAAUAACUCUGACGACCAACAAUUGAAUUCUAGAUCAAUUACAGCUAUGACAAAACCAGAGAUCAGAUGGAUACUCGACAUAACGAUUGCUUAUCCACAAGGAAAACCAAUAGACUUACCAACUAUUAUAACUGGUUCAAGACCACCAUGUGAUACAGUUCUUUUCUACCGAAUAUAUUCUACUUCAGUGGUUCCUAAAGAACCUAAACAAUUAUCAAGAUGGCUGUAUGACAGAUGGGCUGAAAAGGAAGCUCUCUUAGAUAAUUUUUACAAACAUGGUACCUUUGUUGGCACGCAACGACUAAAUUCAGAAGAUUACAAGAUUCAACAAGAUCCCUUGCGUUUCCUAGUCCUCCACUUAUUCUUCAUGACAUCUAGUUACAUUCAUUACAAUAUGUUCUCUUACGCUCUAUCUUGUAUUUGGUAAUUCUUUUAUUCUUUAAAAAUGGACUUUUAAAGAUUUUAUAUUUGAUGUAACUGUGUGCUGUCACUCUAACUUUGAUGACAACAGCAGUUUUAUCAUUGAAGUAAGGCUUUUGAGUGAUUUUACACUAACACUGUGAGGUAUUAAAAAUUAGUAUGUCAUUGAAAUAAAAUCAAAUUCUAACUUUAACU